AUGUCGGAGGACGGUCAGGCGUUCUCCUGGUUCACCAUGGCCAACAAAACCCUUGGCACCUACGGGGCGGCGUUGGUCGUGGUGACUAAGACCAUCCAGGAGGCGCUGACCUACUUUGUCCAGCACCUCCGGCAUCUCAUUGUGACUGAGCUGCCCAAAAACGCCGACUCCCAGCGGCUGCUGGUGGCCGCCCGGACCAGCACCGUUGUGCUGGACCGGGCGCUGAAAGCGGCCGCCGAUGCAGUUGGCGGCGUGGCGCCGGACCUGGUCGCCCGGUUCAAGAAUAGCAUGAACCGGGCGUUCCACAACGUUCAGGACCGGGAGAUGCGGGAGGCUGGGGCGCUCACCCAGAGCGCCGAGACGGCGUCCGAGGUGCGGAACCAUUCCGCGCACACGGCCGCGCGGGAUUAUUCCGCCCACGGUCGCCGUCAACGCAUAAUCAGCUACUCGAAAGAGUUCCGCCAGGUGGUAAUGGGCGAGGCGGCGGAGACGGCCAGAGGGCCGGCCGAGCCGCUGCCGGAGGACGGCCAGUGUGCUGGCACGGCACGGCCGUCCCCCGACUGUGCCAGCUCACCGCCGCUGGCCAGCCUUCUUGUCGAGUCGCUCCGGCUGGCAACACCGGAGCUCACAGCCCAGCCUUGCCCAUCGUUGGCGGAGCCUCAGCCACCGUCUGCGGACGAGAGCCGGUCUGUGUCGGCGCUGCCCACACUGACCGUGCUGCCCCGGGGUACGACGUCUUCGGACGCCGGGCGCCAGUCAGCAAUGGCGCCUUCGCCGGCCCGGCUGCCGCAGCCGAGGCCAUCGUGGGCCGCACUGGCCGCCCCGCCCAGCGUGCCCAGCGCACCUGGGCCAGCCAACCGGACCUGGGAGGACACCUCGGAGCCCGAGCCGGGUCCCUCCUGGGCCGGCGAGACGGCUCCGUCGUCGCCUCCGGCUGCACCGGUCCCAGCCGCUGCACGGGCCGUCCGCGCUGCCGAGGAGCCACUGCGUCUGCCCGACGGCCCGGUGGUGGACGUCGAGGAGGCCACCGGCAUCCGGGUGGUGGAGGCCGUGCAGCCCCACUACCGGCGGAUGCGGCGCACCCAGUUCGGCCUAGACGAAAAGGAGCCGUAUCGACCGCCCACCAAAGGCGCCUCAGCGGUCAGCAAGUUCGCCCGCUGGAGUCCGGCCGAGCUGGCCAUCCUGUGGUGGCACCACUCGGUCCAGUCGACACUGGUCAGCUCGGCCGGACUUCCGUUCGGCUCGGCCAAGGCGCUGGUGCUGGCGCUGAGGGAAGCAUUUGGUUUCCGCCGGAGCGUCCAGCAGCUCCAGAGGAAGCGGGAGCGCCUGGGGCUCCCCCAGCUCAAGUUUUAAGCUGCUUAUUAAAUGUGUACAUAUUGUCAGAACUGUGGUUGUGUGUGUAAUGUGUAAUAUGUGAAAUGUGUGUGUAAUGUGCAUUAUGUGUUUUAUGUGUAUGU